AUGUCUCUAGCAGAUGAACUUCUUGCUGACUUGGACGAUGCUGGAGUCGCUGAAGAUGAGGAAGAUCCAUUCACUUCUGCGAAGUUGGAGCUGGUGGACGCUAGUGUUGUUGACAAUGGUGAUAUUGAAAUGACCGAUAGUUCCACGACUAAUGGUGUGAUUAUUCCGGAGAACCUAGUGGGGCCACGGAAACCUGCGCACCUCUUUCAUGCGCCAAUGAUCAGUGCACCCAUAUCUGCUUUUGCCAAAUUAAGGAACAGUGAGAAGCUUACCAGUGUUAUGAGUCAAAUCGACAAGUUUUCUAGACAGGAGAAGAGAACAAAGAUUGUCGGUCCUGUUGAAGCCGAUCCCGAGUACAACUGUAUCGUUGAGUCGAAUAAUCUUAUUGUCGAAAUAGAUAAUGAAAUAGAUAUUAUUCACAAGUACGCGCGAGACAUUUACCAGCAUCGCUUCCCAGAGCUGGAGUCUUUGGUUCCUCAACCCAUGGACUACCUAAAAGUGAUACUAGCUCUUGACAACGAUAUUUUGGAGCGCUCAAAGAAUACCAACCUCUUAGCUUCUUUCCUCACUCCUGCCACAAUCAUGGUUGUCACGGUGACGGCGUCGACUACACAGGGCGUGCAGCUUGAUCCAACAGCGCUGAAUCGAGCAAAGGACGCUUGCGUAAUGGCGAUUGAACUUUUUGAGAUGCGCAAGACUAUUAUGGACUAUGUGGAAUCUCGCAUGUCUUUCAUCUCGCCCAACGUAAGCAUCCUCGUGGGUGCAUCCACCGCCGCGAAACUCAUGGGCAGGGCUGGUGGUUUGACUGCACUCUCGAAGAUGCCCUCGUGCAACAUCCAGGUGUUGGGCGCGCAUCGCCGCAACCUAGCAGGCUUUAGUAACACCGCCAGCUUGCCGCACACGGGCUACAUCUACCAUUCGGAGUUUGUGCAAAAGCUGCCUCCUGAUCUACGUAUCAGAGCUGCGCGUCUUCUCGCCAACAAGGUGGCACUGGCCGCGCGUGUCGACUCCUUUCAUCGAUCCCAGGAUGGAACAGUGGGCGAGCAGAUGCUUUUAGAGGUGGAAAAGAAGAUUGAUAAAUGGCAAGAGCCGCCUCCGGUGAAGCAGGUCAAGGCUCUCCCAGCUCCCAUCGACCCGCCAGCAAAGAAGCGCGGAGGCCGCCGCUACCGCAAAAUGAAGGAGCGUUUGGGAAUGACAGAAAUGCGUCGCUCCGCAAACCGCAUUCAGUUUGGUCAGGUGAGCGAGGAUGCCUACCAAUCCGAUUUGGGCUUCUCGUUGGGCUCACUGGGUCAGCGUGGCGUUGCAGGUCACCUGCGUGUUCCCACGGCGGACUCAAAGACAAAGGCAAGGGUGAGCAAGGCGCUGCAGCAGAAGCUCUCCAAGUAUGGGGGCCUUUCCACCAUGCCCACCACCGCAUUGGGCGCCGCCACCUCCUCGGCUGUCUGGGGCACCGCUUCCUCAGUUCGCCGAGGAGGCACUGAAACUGCUGGAACCGCGUCGUCGGUCACUUUCACCCCCGCACAGGGUCUUGAGAUCGUCAACCCAAUGGCUUCGCAGAAGCAAGUGGAUGAUCACAAGAAAUAUUUCAGUGCAACUGCUGGUUUCAUCAAGUCGAAAACCAGCUCCAAUGACAGCAUGCCGCCACCGGCACCCAAGGAUGCGUAG